GGCUUUUGGCAUGCUGUUAUUCAUACGAAGACUUACAGUCACCAUUUAGGCAACACGUCGGUAUCUACUUUGCCACCUAUGCUGCCUGCCAGUCUCAGUUGUUAAGAGGGUCUCUGUAUCCAUUUUCCUCUUCUACUCACCCAUCCUCCAACGGUUGACCUCAUACAAACAGUGAAGCGCUUGCAAUACCCUUGCCAUUGACAAUGCAGCUCAUCCUUGCAACUCUCUUGCUCCCUCUCUCGCAGGCAUUCCCUGCCCCUGUCCCUGUCCCUGUCCCCGUGAUAGAAGAAGGAAUCGCACUAGCUAAUGUAUGCUCCGAAACCUGCCCUGAGGCCCUUUCCCCUAUCUGUGCAAAGAACGCAGCGGGAGCCUUUGAGAUCUUUGACAACCCGUGCAUGUUCAACAAGGCGAACUGCAAAGGACUCGAUUACGUCCAAGUGGACCUUUCUGGGUGUCGCGGCUUGAUCACUGAUUCCGAUGGCGUUCCAAUCGAAGCAAACGGUAAAUUCCAUGAUUACUGGGUUUUGUUGUUGAAUUGGUUGCUCGAGAAGAAGCGGUGGUGGCGAUGCAAGACGAAGAAGAUUGAUUGUGGCCGUGGCUGAUGGGUUAAUACCCACAGUUGCUUUACUUCUGGCUCUAGCUAUCUACGGUUUGAUUGGACUUGUUUGCUUAAAAGUAGCUACGGUUAAUUCAAGGGGGGC